AUGGACCCGGAACAGAAAGGGGAUCUUUUUGACUUGGUCUACAGCCCUUUAUCGUAUGAACAAGGCCUUGCCAUAAUCGACGAAUUCUAUCCCACCGAGCCCGCUUCCAAGUCAGACAAGGUUUCACCCGGCGAGUCACUGCUUGACCAACCCCAACAGCCGAUCUUGGUUCCAAGAUUCAACGACCUGCCGAUUCAUCCUGCGGAGACUGUACCGGAGCCGAUCAACAUUGAUGAUGACACGGUCAAUUCUCGCGGCCAGCGCAGCGAUAUCCAAGACAAUGGCCAGUACCAGGAGGACAGCGGACACAAAGGCGCUGCCACCUCUAGCUCACUGCCAAAUAUCAGCCUGCGUGUGGUGGUAUUAACAAGUCUGAUAAGUGCAAUUCAUUUCUUUCAGAGGUCCAAGCACCACUGGAAAGAGAUGGAACGCAUUGUUCUUUCGUUUGAAACCAAACUCGCCGAAAUGGCCGCAGAAGAGGCAAACAUGCCUUCCAUCGAAGACGGAAGCCCUUCAACCAAAACUAUCAAAUCGGUGCUCAAAACACUACAGAACGAACCCAACUGUUGGCGGGAAGCGCAUGAAAAGUCCAAACAGGAUAUCAUGGAAAACAUCACCCACCUAUUCCAGUAUAACUUGUGUUGGGAUCUCGAUGAGAAGGCCCUGAUCAUCUUCUACACCGCCAAGAAAAUGCGUGAGAAGAAGUUUGAUGACUGA